AUCAUGAUGUUCUGUCUUAAACUGAGACUUAAAAUUGUCCCAUUAGUUGACUUAUAUUCAUCAUCCCAUUCCCCCAAUUUCUUACCUCUCUCUCUCUCUCUCUCUUAUUUAUUCACUUCUUUCUCCUACCAUUUUUUUCUGUCAGCAAAAAGAAAAAAAAAACAAAAACCCAUUUCCAGAAUUUUCUCAAAUGUGUUGAUCUUCACUGUUUUCUCAUCCGUUUUGCUAAAAACCCCACAAAGAUUUCUUUGCUUUUCUUGUGGUUUUCUUUUAGAGAGAAAUAAUAAUGGAGGGAGGAAUUCAUGGCGGAACCAAUACUGAUGGUUCUUCAACGUUUGGAGAUUGUUUUUCUUUGGCUUGGAAAAAUCCAUAUGUUCUUCGUCUUGCCUUUUCUGCUGGAAUAGGUGGCUUCCUUUUUGGCUAUGACACUGGAGUCAUUUCUGGAGCUCUUCUUUACAUUAGGGAUGACUUCAAGUCUGUGGACAGCAGCACUGUUUUACAGGAAACUAUAGUGAGCAUGGCAAUUGCAGGUGCCAUAAUAGGAGCAGCAAUUGGAGGAUGGAUGAACGAUCGAUUUGGUAGACGAACGGUAAUUCUUAUAGCAGAUUUCCUCUUCUUCAUUGGAGCUGUGGUAAUGGCAGCUUCACCCGGCCCUUCCCUUCUCAUUGUUGGUCGAGUUUUCGUCGGUCUUGGUGUCGGUAUGGCUUCCAUGACUUCCCCUCUAUACAUCUCUGAGGCUUCCCCUCCAAAAAUUCGUGGUGCCCUUGUGAGCACCAAUGGCUUUCUCAUCACUGGUGGCCAAUUUCUCUCUUAUCUCAUCAACUUAGCUUUCACCAAAGCACCAGGCACUUGGAGAUGGAUGCUUGGGAUUGCGGGAUUGCCAGCUCUCUUACAGUUUAUCUUAAUGUUCUUACUUCCCGAGUCACCAAGAUGGUUAUACCGUAAGGGGAGGUCAGAAGAGGCUGAAAGGAUAUUAAGAAAAAUCUACUCAGAAAAUGAGGUAGAGGGGGAGAUUAGAGAUCUUAAGGAGUCUGUUGAAGCAGAGAUCAAAGAGAAAGAGAUUUCUGAGAAGAUAAGCUUGAUCAAGCUAUUGAAAACCAAAACAGUGAGAAGGGGACUUUAUGCAGGGGUUGGACUUCAGGUUUUCCAACAAUUUGUGGGCAUAAACACAGUUAUGUACUACAGUCCUUCUAUAGUUCAGUUGGCUGGCUUUGCUUCUAAUGAGACUGCACUUUUGCUUUCGCUAGUCACAGCUGGGCUCAAUGCAUUAGGCUCCAUUGUCAGCAUAUAUUUCAUUGACAGAACAGGCAGGAAAAGGCUUCUAGUCAUUAGCUUAUUCGGUGUCAUCAUCUCUCUUGGCAUUCUAUCAGCAGUUUUUCAUGAAACAACAUCUCACUCUCCAUUAGUUAGAACUACAAACACUCCACUUAAAGCUUAUACAUGCCCUGACUACAGCUUUGCCGGCAAUUCUGCUUCUUGGGAUUGUAUGAAGUGUUUGAAAGCCUCAUCUCCAGAUUGUGGUUUUUGUGCUUCGGGAGUCGAUAAGUUGUUUCCUGGGGAAUGUUUGGUUUCCAAUGACACAGUGAAGAACUUGUGUCAUGGUGAAGAUAGACUAUGGUACACGAGAGGGUGUCCUAGCAGAUUUGGGUGGCUUGCACUCAUUGGUCUUGCUCUUUACAUUAUCUUCUUUUCUCCAGGAAUGGGAACUGUGCCAUGGAUUGUGAAUUCUGAGAUUUAUCCUUUAAGAUACCGUGGAGUGUGUGGAGGAGCAGCAGCUACUGCAAAUUGGAUCUCAAACCUUAUUGUUGCUCAGUCUUUCUUAUCCCUAACUCAAUCAAUUGGGCCUUCAUGGACAUUCUUAAUAUUUGGAUUGAUUUCAGUAGUAGCACUUUUGUUUGUCCUCGCAUGUGUGCCUGAAACAAAAGGUCUUCCAAUCGAGGAGGUUGAGCAAAUGCUUGAGAAGAGGGCUUUGCAUUUCAAGUUCUGGGAGAAAAGGACUGAUCCAUUGGACAAAACCCAAGGAGCCUGAAAAAUUAGUACUAGAAGUAAUGUUAUACAACUUAUUUUUUAGCCAAGAUUGCUUCCAUUCAAAAGGUUCUGUGUUUAUUGACUAAUGACGCAAAUAGACAAUACAUGUCAAUUGUCAACCGAGCAGACUUUCGUAGAUGACGCACCUACUAUCACCGUUACGUUGGUAAUUUGAUUUCUUAUCUAAUAAUUGUUGAAUUUAAAAAGAUGUAACGUAGAAAUUUUCGUUUUUCUUUUCAACGUAGUUUUUUGAGAUUUACAAAUAUUUGGUUAUUGGAAGAACACAAUGGCUAGUAUAUAUAUAAUGUAAUACCAGUAGUAUAUUUGAAUUCCAAA